AUGAUCCUGGCAGAUGGCGUGACAGAACGCCUGGCGGUGGACAUAAACUGUGCUGGAGCCGCCGCGCUCGCGAUCCUUGUAUGGUCCGAUUCGCUCGAACUGGCGCGUCGGGACACGUUGCUCAUGGGUUGUGAUUGCAGGGAGACGCUCAUAAACAUAGACCAGGAGGUCAAGCAUAUAUGGUCACGGCCGAAUGAUGCAUGGCUCAAGUGGACAUAUAUCUUCAUUAGAUACUUCGCGCUGGCCGCCUUGACGACUGACCGCGCCUUCAACCUCGCCGCACUGUAUAGUCGGUCUUUGCCAGAGUACGCGCUGCGGAUAUGGUUCAUCUGCCAGCCGAUUGUCGCCCACUUAUGCAUGUUGGGCGUCGAGGGGAUCAUGAUGGCGCGAGUUUACGGCCUAUACCGGCAGGAACGAAGGAUCCUGACAACGUUUCUCGUCGUCCUUGCGCUGGACUCCAUGAUCGUCCUCGUCGGCAUCCUAGUCACCCUUCCCGACAAGAUAUCGCGCGCUGACUUUGUGCGCUUCUCCUCCAAGGCGUUGUCUUUCUUCGGCAUCUCCUCCUUCCUCACCCAAAUCCUCAUCCUCACCCUCAUGCUCGUCAAAUACCGCCGCGGCCGCUGGCGCAACGUCCCGCUCAUGUCCCUCGUCGUGCGCGACGGCGUGCUCGUGUUCGGCGUCUUCGCAGUGUACUGCGCCGUCAUGACCAUCUAUCCGCUGUUGAACUUCGACUUCACGGCCGCGGCGUUUCCAUGGUUGGUGGCGAGCAUUUCGGUGGCGGGCACCCGCCUCGUUCUGAACAUGCAAGACCUGCCGGUGAACGCGUCUACGGACGCGUCGAGCGCUCUGCAGCUCACGACAUACUACUCAAUACCAUUCUACUUCGAGAGCGAUCAGCUGGACCGCAGACCUCCCGGGGCGCUUCCAGACGCACGCUCUACACGACAUGAGCCACAACCGUAG